GUCCUCCCGAGCUCUGUUGCCUUCUGAUCUUACCUAACUACCUAACCAUGAAUGGGACAAGAUACCAAAUCACAUUUUGCUCUAUGAUUGCAGUCUCUGUAUCUGUUGCGCUGGCAGUGACCUCAACUACAGAGUUGACAGUGACAUCAGCUGAAACAACAUUAGACACAUCAACUUCAGCAGAAGCAACCACUACCGCUGAUGCCACCACUACUAUGGUAGAUUCUACAACGUCACCAGUGACAUCAACUGAAACAACAUUGGAAUCAUCAACUUCACCAGAAACAACCACUACCACUGAAACCACCACUACUAUGGUUGAUUCUACAGCGUCGACAAUGACAUCAACUGAAACAACAUUGGAGUCAUCAACUUCACCAGAAACAACCACUACCACUGAAACCACCACUACUAUGAUUGAUUCGGCAGCGUCGACAAUGACAUCAACUGAAACAACAAUGGACUCAACAACUUCACCAGAAUCAACCACUACAUCUACCACUACUAUGGUUGAUUCUACAGCGUCGACAAUGACAUCAACUGAAACAAUAUUGGAGUCAUCAACUUCACCAGAAACAACCCCUACCACUGAAGCCACCACUACUAUGGUAGAUUCUACAGCGUCGACAAUGACAUCAACUGAAACAGCAAUGGACUCAACAACUUCACCAGAAUCAACCACUACAUCUACCACUACUAUGGUAGAUUCGACAAUGUCGACAAUGACUUCAACUGAAACAACAUUAGACACAUCAACUUCAGCAGAAUCAACCACUACCACUGAAACCACCACUACUUUGGUUGAUUCUACAACGUCGAAAAUGACAUCAACAGAAACAACAAUGGAUUCAACAACUUCACCAGGAUCAACCACUCUAUCCACCACUACUAUGACAAUGACAUCAACUGAAACAACAUUAGAGUCAUCAACUUCACCAGAAACAACCACUACCACUGAAACCACCACUACUAUGGUAGAUUCUACAGCGUCGACAAUGACAUCAACUGAAACAACAAUGGACUCAACAACUUCACCAGGAUCAACCACUCUAUCCACCACUACUAUGUUAGAUUCUACAAUGUCGACAGUGACAUCAACUGAAACAGCAAUGGACUCUUCAACUCCACCAGAAACAACCACUACCACUAAAGCCACCACUACUAUGGAAAAUUCUACAGCUCCAGGUCCUUCCUCCUCUAUAGGAGUAUUUCUGUUUUUCCUUCUUUUAAGCAUACACAAAUUAUUGACCUUACUUGUGAUACAAUGAUCCAAUUGUUUGCCAAACAUUAACGAUUUUUUUCCCCUUACAUUUUAGUUCUUAUUAUUCAAUUCAAUAAAUCCUUG